CCCGCCCGUGCCCAAUUUGUUUCAACAAUCAUAACAAUAACACUUUUUGCUCCUUAAGACCCUCCGUUCUACCACUCCAUUCACACCCUUACCUCCGCCGAACCCAAAACUCUCAACAAUAGGGCCACUCGUUAUACACACCCACAGACACCACCUCUACAACAAUGCCUUCCACCACCCGCCACCACAUGAAGCGGCACAACCUAUUCCCAUUCCUCGACCUCCCCGCCGAGCUCCGCAACGAGGUCUACAAGCACCUCUUCCAGCGCCCCAGCAAAAGCUGGAUCCACAUUUCGUCGUGCGAGUCGCGGGUGACGCACCGAGAGACCGGGCCGUCCAAGACGUGCAAAUGCUACGUCUGGACCAGCCGCGACGAGACGUCGUUCCCGCUGCAAGUGCUGCGCACGAACUGCCAGAUCCACGACGAGGCUGCCGCGGUGCUCUACGGCUUGAACCGCUUCAGAAUGAAUACCCACUGCGUGCGCUGCUUCCUCGCGGGCAUCGGCCAGUCUGCGCCGUUUGUGCGCCAGCUCAAGCUCUUGGUGCUGAAUCCUACUAUGGAUAUGGUGCACUUGUUUGGCACUUCCUCCUCCACCGCCUCCUCCACCGCACCCGCAAUCGCGACCACAACCGUCAAUGCUACCACAAGCACAGGUCCAGCAUACACAAUCUUCUCGGACAACAUCCUCCUAAACCAACUGACAGUGCAAUGGGUCUACCAGCCCGCGAACCCAGACGAAGCCGCAAGAUAUAUCUACGAGAGAAUGCUAGGCUGGAUCGAGGCUGUCGGUGUCAAGCAAAAGGAUCGCUUCGCGGCGCUGGGGUGCAUCGUUAAUGGGAAGGGGAAGGGGCCGAGUGUUAAUGAGGUGAGGGGGGCGUUGAGGAGGCUGAUGGAGAGGGAGGUUGGGGACGGGAGUGAGGUCAGUGAGGUGUAAUGAGGUGUGAUUGGGGGUGGAUGGUUUUGGAUCAUCUGCUUUGGUUGGAUUGGGACUUGGAUUGCCCAUUUGCAUUGGAUUACCCAUUUGGCUUGGGGUUGAGUUUGGCGUGCUGUUUCAAGCACUGGACUGUCUUGGUUGUCCCUGUUCUUGGUAGCUGGUUUGACGCUCAGACUUCUCGAGUUGUUCUUCAUUACAGCAACCUGCACAAUAUAUGUAAAGCAGGC